AGCGAUCGGCGCUUUCGAUGGGUAAGUUGUGGAGUGUUGUUUUCGGUGUAGCACUGUUGACAGUGCAAGGUCAAGGGUGCGGCGAGCGUAAGGUGGACUAUGCGAAGCUGAUACUGGGCGGGGAGGAUGCCAUCUCGGGUCAGUGGCCAUGGCAUGCGGCUAUUUUUCAUCGGAUCGAGCGUACGUUCCUGUAUCAGUGUGGCGGUGCCAUCAUCAACCAGAACACGAUACUGACGGCUGCUCAUUGCGUGCAGCUAAAUAAUGGUGUCAUCACGGUUGAUCGGCUGUCGGUACAGGUAGGCCGCACCUAUCUGUACGCCGCCGAAAGUCACACCCAGGAACAUCAGGCCGAUCGGAUCAUCGUGCACGAGGAGUACAGUGCGGCCCUGGUACGGCACGAUAUUGCACUGAUCAAGCUCGCAACGGACAUCAAGUUUACGGACUACGUGCAGCCGGUAUGUUUGUGGGAACGUUCCAAGGUGGAUAUUGGUGCGCUGAUAGGUCGCGUCGGCACUGUGGUUGGGUUCGGAAUUACGGAAGUCGGUGAGGUUGCCGAUCGGUUGCGUGUAGCGUACAUGCCCAUCGUAGACUUUCAAACGUGCCUGGAAAGCAAUCGGAAUCUGUUUGGCCGUGUCCUGACGCGGAAUGUCUAUUGUGCUGGGUUCCGGAAUGGAACAACGGUUUGUGGUGGCGAUAGUGGUGGUGGGAUGUACUUCGAGAUCGAAAACCGGUGGUACCUUCGGGGCAUUGUUUCGUUUAGUGGACAAAACUGUCAAUCGGCCGACUUUGCCGGGUUUAGUGAUGUGGCAACGUAUCUCGACUGGAUCAACCGGUACACGAGCGGCAGCCCGAACAGCCCGUAUUCGACGACCGUCAUCGACAAACAACAGCUUCUGGCGUUGGACAUCUGCGGUGUGAAUAAUUACCCAGCGACGGCCGAAGAUGCGAAACCAGUUUUUCAAGGUUAUCCGUGGUUGGGUGUGAUUGAGUAUCAGCAGAUUAGCACCGGACAGCGGCGCGUGCUGUGUCAAGGAACUUUAAUUACGCGACGGUAUGUUUUGACGGCGGCACAGUGUGUUUCCCUGCCUGCGAAUACCUACCGGCUCGCUGGCGUACGUUUGGGUGAAUAUGAUACAGCUUCCGAUCCUGAUUGUGGCAUCGUCGAGGGCCGCAGACAGUGUCAACCGCCGGCACAAACAGUUCCAGUCGAACAGAUAGUAGUUCACAGUGGCUUCAACAAUCCAGCCUUUGCUAACGAUCUUGCAUUGUUACGCCUCCGACAACAGGUCAAUGUUGACCAAGACAACAUUAAACCCAUCUGUCUGCCCUUCUCGACCGCACUCAAAUCGCACAAGCCUUCGUACUUCAUCCGCACUGGAUGGCUAACAAGAAGCACCAGCACCGUCCUGUACCGUAGUUUUCCCAGCUCGAUCGAAUCGGUCGGUUGUCAGGAUGCGUACAACGAUCAGGAUGUGCCGCUGGAGAAAACAUACGGCCAAAUAUGCAUCCGACGGGACAAUCCGUCCACCGGUGUCUGCACGUUCAAUAUGGCUGCCACGCCACUACAGUCGGUACAGGUGGUUGGUCCUAGCGAGCGGUACGUCCUGUACGGAUUGCUCUCGUUCGGUCCAAAGCAAUGUCUUGAAACGUACCCGGACGUGUACACGGCUAUUGCACCGUACGUUGAUUGGAUUGUCUCAAAUCUAAGGCCCUAA